AUGGCGUCGCAAACUACGGACGAGUGUGAUAAAGUGAUGAGCCUCCCAGCUGCAGAGCGCUGUGACUUUGUGAAGAACACUUCAGACUGCAGUUCUGAGGACAGCUUCAUCAACUACAUCCAUGUGGCUUUCUGCCUGCUCCCUGCCCACCUCAGCCCACUCACCAUCACCCUUUGUAUCAUUUGGCUGCUCUUUCUAUUCAUUAUUCUGGGCCUCACUGCAUCUAAGUUUUUCUGUCCCAAUCUCUCUGCUAUCUCCACAAGUCUGCGCCUCACACACACUGUGGCCGGUGUGACAUUCUUGGCCCUUGGUAAUGGUGCUCCGGACAUCUUUAGUGCAAUGGCAGCCAUCUCUCGACCACACACUGCUGGACUGGCUGUGGGAGCCUUAUUUGGGGCGGGCAUUUUUGUGACAACAGUUGUUGCAGGCAGCGUGGCACUGGUCAAACCGUUUUCUUUGGCGUCGCGUCCUUUUCUCCGUGAUUUGGUCUUUUAUAUGUCUGCAGUAUUUUGGACGUUUGUUAUUCUUUACAGAGGAACCAUUUCACUUGGAGAGACACUGGGUUAUCUCGGCCUCUAUAUCGUUUAUGUACUGACUGUAAUCAUUAGCACCAUUAUUUACAACCGACAGAAGCGUUCAUUGAAUUCAACUGUUCAAAUAGUUUCACAAGUACCAGAGUAUCAGUCAUCUGACACUUCCGAUGAUGAUGAGAUUCCGUCCUUAAAUGCAAGGUUCAUCCCACACGAGUAUGAGACAGAAUACAGACCCCUUCUGCCAUAUUCAGAAUCAACGAGGGAUAUCCUGCUGAGCUCUCUGAAUCCCAUAGAGAGCAGUAAGUGGAGGAGAAAAUCAACUAAAUGGAAAGUGUUUAAAAUACUGAAGACACCUCUGGAGUUCUUGCUGCUGCUCUGUAUUCCUGUAGUUGAUCCUGACAAAGAGGAUAAAAACUGGAAGCGUCCACUCAACUGCCUUCACCUCAUCAUUGCUCCAAUCACGUGUGUCUUUGCAUUCCAGUCUGGAGCCUAUGGAGAUUUUAUGAUACAAGGCCAGUUUCCUCUGUGGCUCCUCUUUUUGCUCCUGGGUUUGUUCUUGUCUGCGAUUGUAUUUUGCAACUCAAACAAUGACCAUCCUCCAUCCUACCAUCUUGUUUUUGCCAUUUUAGGAUUUGUGACAAGUGCGUUAUUGAUCAGCGCUGCAGCCUCUGAAGUGGUCAGUCUCCUGCACAUGUUGGGUGUAGUGCUAAGUCUCAGCAGCACUGUCCUGGGGCUGACUCUGCUGGCCUGGGGCAACAGCAUUGGAGACUGUUUUUCUGACAUCACGUUGGCCAAACAGGGUUAUCCACGGAUGGCCAUUUCUGCCUGCUUUGGUGGGAUAAUUUUCAACAUGCUGUUUGGUGUGGGCCUGGGAUGUUUGGCACAGAGGUUUCAAACGCAUGCGGAGGUUCAGAUUGAACCGGAGGGGGAUCUGCCGUGGGUUCUUGCUGCAUCUUUGGGGUUGUCUCUGGUUUUCUCAUUCAUCUUUAUUCCACUGAGGAACUUCAGUGUGGGGAAGCCCUAUGGGCAACAAGCAAAUUUCAGGGAGACCUUUCGUCAGUCCAAUGGAUUCAGUACCAUUUCCACAGGCACUAAACCUACUGUGAGAGUGGUCAACUGGGAGUGUGGUUCUAACAAGUGA